AUGAACUACUACAGCCGCGAGCGCUACGCUGCCAUCGUCAAUGCUCUGCUUGACCACAGCUCUGAGGCUGGUGACACAUCCAAGGCUGGUGACACAUCCGAGGCUGGUGACACAUCCGAGGCUGGCAACACAUCCGAGCUCAUCAACGCUGUUGAAGCACUCAACUUAUCGUCAUCAUCAACCGUUGUCAAUGAUGCAGAUGGGAACACCACGCCCAACCGCGUGAACUUGCCGGAGCCUGUAGGUAACAUGACAUUGUAUGGCGACCCGGGGCAGUUCUUUGUCAAGCAUGAUGCCCAUCAUGUCGAGUGUGGUGCGCUCGCAUCGGGCAAAGGAAAAAACAUUGAUGCUGCUGCGAAGGCUGCUGCCAAUGACGCUGGUGACAAUGCUAGUGACAACGCUGACGGCGACACUGACGAUGACGCCGGGAGCGAUACUAAUGUCGCCGAGGUCAAGAUGGGUCAAGAAGAACUUAGUCUUCUUUGGCUCGCAGAGGACUUGCGUCUCUGCACUGACCAUACGGCAGAUGAGCAUCGUGUUCUCCUCGAACGUGCCGAAGCUGGUGAUCUGUCAGCGUGCGAGCAGCACUUAUUUGACAUCGUCAAAGCUCGUUUCAGGGAGAUAAUGAGGCUGUCUCGCAAACGGCUCGAGAUUACACGCCGGCACCUUCACGAGUUCUACCUCUCGCUGACCAUCACCGAGUCUGGUCUGAAUCAAUCCUUCCCGAAUGCCGUGAUCCGGGCGUACUUUACUGUGGAGGAAGCCAGCGCAUACAUGCACUUCGUCGAGGAGAACAUGAACAAUUGA